UUGUCGUCAAUUUGGCAAUAUUGCCGUGUUAUCCUAUCUUUGCCGGCAUCGUGUGGAAUCUUUUCUUUACGAUAAUUCUAUUUUGUGCAAAUACUACGAAGAAGUGCGAAUCACUUGCUUGAUUUAAUCUAUACAAAUCCAAAGAAUCAACAUGUCAGAAGAAUCGUUUUAUGGAGUUACAUUGACCGCCGAAAAUAAUGCUGUAUCGUGGGAUGUUCUUUCAAAUGACGAGGAUUACCCUAGAGGUCAAAAAUUGAUAAUUAGACAAGUUUUACUGGGCGCCGAGGCUAAAGAAGAUGAAUUCAAUGUUGUCGAGGUUCACACCGUUAAAGAUAAUUUAAAAAUCCCUAUCGCUGUUUUAAAAGCGGGCGAAACACGUGCUUGCAAUCCCGACAUUGAGUUUUAUGAAACUGCGGUCACAUUUAAGCUUAUUAAGGGUAACGGUCCCGUGUAUAUACAUGGGCAAAAUAUCAAAGAUGAAGUCGAAGUUGUCGAUAUGGAGGAUGAGGAAACCGACGAUGACGAUGACGGCGAGGAUGAGGAAGAUGAGGCUCACGCACAGGCUCCACCUAAAAAGAAAUUAAAAAUGGAGAAUAACGCCGACGGCAAAAACAUUAAAAACAAAAAAAAAUAAAUUUGUCUGCAUACAUCUAGUACACCCACAUCUAACUUCAUUUACAAAGAGAGAGAGAAACACACACAACCUCAUCAUAUAAGCCGCCGUUAAAUUACAAAAGGAAGAAGAAAAAGUAAAAGAAAAGCAAGAAAAAAAAAAAAAGAACAACAAAAACAAUUCUUAAA